GGUGGCUCCGGGGAGGUUUAAACACUGGCCUUGGCGGCUGAGGGAGGAGGAGGAGGAUGAGGCAGGGGCUGCUGGUGCUGGUGCUGGUGCUGGCUGCAGGCUCCCAGGUGCAGGACUGGUACCCCAGGGAGUCCCACACCCUCAACUGGAACAAGUUUUCAGGAUUCUGGUACAUUCUGGCCACGGCCACUGACGCCCAGGGAUUCUUGCCGGCCAGGGACAAGAGGAAGCUGGGGGCGUCCGUGAUAAAGGUGAACAAAGUAGGCCAGCUCCGGGUGCUCCUUGCCUUCAGCCGGUGA